ACAAAGCCUACAGUCUUUCUUCCUUAAACGCCCUAAUUUCCUUCUUUUUACUUAAUCUUUGCGUAUUCCAGAAAUCCCUUCAAUGUUCAUGCCGUGUAAUCCGUCUCCAUGAAUGUAUUUUAAAAUUGGGUUUGAUUUGUCUUCAGGAAAAUAGUCUCUCUAGGGUUCUUGUUUUGAUCCGGGGUUUUGCUCUUUUCUUUUUGUUUAAAUUGAAUGGCGAACGGUACGGAGUCAGGGGAUUUCUUGGUGCUAUCUCAGGUAAGGGCGGGUCUGAAGCGUGAAUUCGAGUUUGCUUUGAAGGUUCAAGCUGAGAUCUGUGGGUCUUUGGGUCGAACUCGUUCUGGGAAGUCCCAGAGUGGAGGACAGGUGUGGAGCACGGGUACCAGGAGCAACAAGAAAUUGAAGAAUGAAGUCAAGGAUGGGAAAGGGAUGACUGAUUUGGAGAAAUCUGUGAGGGUUUUGGAGGAAUCUGUUGAUUUGAUGAGUGAAGAAGAGGCGAAAAGCGAUGUGGAAGAUCCAAAGAGAGAGGUGGUUGGUUGUGAAGAAGAGAAGACGAAGAGGGUCGGUUUGGAAAAGGAUGAGGAAGUUAAAGAUGGGGUUAUUGAAACAAUGUCCAAAGAUGAGGUUGUCAAGGAAGGGAAGGAUAAAAGUGAACCCGAAAUGGCUGUAAUGGACUUGCUAGAAGAAAAACACGAGGAAGAGAAGAUGGAUGGAGAGAAAGAAAGUGAACUGGAAAAUGCAAUCAAGAAAGUUGAAGAAGAAAAGUCAAAGGAGGUUUUGGUGAUAGAAAGUGAACCAUGCAAAGGGAAUUUAGGGGUGCCGGUUUUGAUUAGUAAGAUAGAGGAAGUGGUGAAGGGCGAGAAGCCUGUAAGGAGGUUUACUCGUUCCUUGUUGAAAGCGUCGGAGGAGACAGUGAAGGAAACUGCUGCAACAGAUGCUGUUGUUGUCAAUGUGAGUGAUGCCAGAAGUGGUGAUGGUGAUAUCAAAGUUGGGGCUGUGGAGUCUCCAAUGACGCAGGAAACAAUUGUCUCAACCAAGCUUGUAAGAGAUUUCCCGACAGAGAUAGAAGAUCUUUUGGAUUCAGGUUUGCUCAAGGGACUAAACGUGAGGUAUGCUCGAAGCUCGAAGGUUACAAGAGCUUCAGGGAGUAAUGGGCUUCGAGGAAUAAUCAAAGGCUUUGGGAUAUUGUGUUUUUGCAAUGCAUGCAAGGGGGCUAAAGUUAUUACCCCUACCUUAUUUGAGGUUCAUGCGGGUAGCUUGAACAAGCCUGCAGAAGAGUAUAUUUACCUGGAGAAUGGGAAAACCCUCCGUGAUGUAAUGAUGGCGUGCAGAGGGAGUUCAUUGAGCAUGUUGGAGGACACCGUGAUAAUGGUGAUCGGUCCUUCCAUGAAGAAACCCCGCUUUUGUUUGAACUGCAAAGAGUCUAUUACUAGAGCUGAUUCCGGGAAAUCUAUGGUACUAUGUAAUUCAUGUCUGGAUAUGAAAGAGUCUGAAGACAGCUCAACUGUAGUGGCUGAUGCAACCAAGGUGGCUGAUGCUAGUGAUAGAUCACCCAAGCCAACUGUGGUUCCAAAGUCUCCUAUGAGUGCUUCAAAAUGCAGUUCGUCACAAGCUAAAAGUCAGGGAAGAGUAACUAGAAAGGAUCUGAGGAUGCAUAAAUUGGUAUUUGAGGAAGAUGGGUUGCCAGAUGGAACUGAACUAGGGUAUUUUGUUCGAGGACAGAAAUUGCUUGUUGGUUAUAAAAGGGGAUUUGGAAUAUUAUGCACUUGCUGCAAUUCAGAGAUAAGCCCCUCACAGUUUGAAUCCCAUGCUGGUUUUGCAAGUCGUCGCAAGCCUUUUCAAAAUAUUUACACAUCAAAUGGGGUCUCUCUCCAUGAAUUGUCGAUAUCCCUAUCAAAAAGUCGGAAGUUCUCUACAUAUGAGAAUGAUGAUCUAUGUAGCAUAUGUUUGGAUGGAGGGGGUCUAUUGUGUUGUGAGACAUGUCCGAGGGCUUUUCACAUAGAGUGUAUAUCCCUACCACGCAUUCCAACUGGUACUUGGCACUGUAGGUAUUGCCAGAAUACCUUCGAAAAGGAAAAGUUUGUGCAACAUAAUGCCAAUGCGGUUGCUGCUGGAAGAGUUGCUGGAAUUGAUCCAAUAGAACAGAUAACAAAGAGAUGUAUUCGUAUUAUCAAAACUCCAGAGGCAGAAGUUCCCAGUGUGUGUGUGCUAUGCAGAGGUCAUGCUUUUAGCAAGUCAGGGUUUGGUCCUCGUACUGUUAUACUUUGUGAUCAGUGUGAGAGAGAGUAUCAUGUGGGUUGUCUGAGGGAUCAUAACAUGGAUGAUCUUAAGGAGUUACCGAAAGGAGAUUGGUUUUGUUGUGCGGACUGCAAUAGAAUUCAUACUGCUUUACAGAAAUUGAUAGUUCGUGGAGAAGAGAAGCUUCCUGAUUCAUCUCUGCAUGUUGUGAGGAAGAAGCAUGCAGAAGGUGGUUUGGAGAGCAAGGCCAAACUUGAUAUAAGAUGGAGGGUUCUUAGUGGGAAAAUGCCUUCUGAUGACACUAGAGUAACACUUUCAAAGGCUGUCACGAUCUUCCAUGAGCGCUUUGAUCCUAUAAGUGACUCUGGAUCGAGUAAAGGGGAUCUCAUCCCAUCAAUGGUUUAUGGGAGAACUUUCAAGGGACAAGAUUUUGGCGGCAUGUAUUGUGCAAUAUUAACUGUCAAUCAAGUGGUUGUGUCAGCUGGUAUUUUCCGGAUUUUCGGGCAUGAAGUGGCUGAAAUUCCCUUGGUUGCAACUAGUACUGAAAGUCAAGGACAGGGUUAUUUCCACUGCCUUUUCAAUUGCAUCGAGAAGCUGCUCGGGUUCCUAAAAGUGAAAAUGCUUCUGCUCCCUGCAGCUGAUGAGGCGGAAUCCAUUUGGACAAAGAAGUUCAGAUUUGGCAAGAUAACCCAGGAAGAGAUAAACAAGUAUAAAAGGGACUACCAAAUGAUGAUCUUCCAGGGUACAUCAGUACUUCAGAAGCCAGUCCCGGCUAUUCGAUUAAUCGGUAAAUCACAAGAUUGACACUAUUAACUGUUAUUGUUACAUUUGAGUGUUGCUGAAACUGGGGAGUCAGCAGCAAGUUUUUCCUCCUAAGAAUGUACAACAAAGGUUUGCUUUUAAAUACCUUCCUUUUUGGUACGUGAAAAAGAUGGAGAAAGUCGAUACAUUCUCUCUCUUUCUGGGUUUGCAGCACUGAAAUGAGGGCGAGGGGGAAAGUCUGUUGACCAAAGAUAUAGGAAAAUUAGGGGCGGAAGUGAAUUAUCUAAUUCGA